AAAAAUUUUGCCGACAGAUGCCCUUACUGUUAGUUCACUGAACGAGCAUAUUGUGCGUAUAGUUUGUGUGACAUGGCUACGAGUAAUACAGAAGAAAUUGAGGAAGUUGAAAGAAAGGAGCAAGAAGUAGUAAACUUCGAUGAAUUCCCCCCAGAAGUUUUAAUCAAACAUCCACUUCAACAUACAUGGACUCUUUGGUAUUAUGAACCAGAUAGAAAUAAAACAUGGGAAGAAAGUCAAAGAAAAGUUACAAGUUUUGAUACAGCUGAAGAUUUCUGGAGUUUAUAUAAUCAUAUAAAGGCAGCAUCAGAAUUAAAACAAGGUUGUGACUAUAGCAUGUUCAAACAAGGAAUCCGACCUAUGUGGGAAGAUAAUGCCAAUAAAUGUGGUGGAAGAUGGCUUAUAAAUUUAGAUAAAAAGCAAAGAAAUACAGAUUUAGAUCACUUUUGGUUAGAAACUCUUUUAUGUAUGAUUGGUGAAGCAUUUAAUGGAUAUUCAGAUGAUAUUUGUGGGGCUGUUGUAAAUGUAAGGCAAAAAGGAGAUAAAAUUGGUGUAUGGACUGCAAAUGCUAAUAGUGAAGAUAGUGUUAUGGAAAUUGGACGUAAAUUAAGAGAAAGAUUAAAAAUUGCAUCCAAAGUUACUAUAGGCUAUCAAAUACAUAAAGAUGUUAUGGUCAAAGUAGGAAGUCAAACAAAAAAUGCUUAUGUUGUUUAAAUCUUAUUAAUGUUAUUAUCACUAUUCAUUAAAAAUUUUUCAAAUAACA